AUGAUUGAUGAAUCAAAUAAACAAAUAAGUCUUAAAUCUUACAGUGCUCGUUUAGAUAAGAAUUUUACAAAAGAUAGAGUGUAUUUACUCGGACAGAUAAUUAAUAAUAGAUUUUAUACUUAUAACCAGGGGUAUGAUUUGAUAGAUACACUUCCAUUUGAAAUAUCUGAUAGUGAGUAUGUUAUUGGUAGAUCUAUAGAUAAAGAAGUGUCUAUUUUCUUUGAGUCUCCUAUUUUUAACAGUUACAUACUCCAAGAAGAAUCAAUAAAAAGGAAUUUAAAUGUAAUGAAAUCAUUUGAUUCUAAAUUAACUAUAAUCAAUCAAAAAGUUAAAGAAAACAAACUUUAUAGAGUUAAAAUUAUUAAAGAAGAAAAAGAUAAAAGAAUUGUAGAAUUGUAUAAUGAUGACGAAAUAUUCCCAGGACGAAUAUUUAAAUUACCUGUUAAUUAUAACGAUAUUAAGUCUAAUUUAAUAACCACAUUCAUUGGUAAAGGAAAGUUGGUUUUACAAUCAAAUGAUGUUAAACCAGAAAUAGAAGUUAUUUUAGUUGUUUUAGGCUCAAAUCAAAUGGUGUUUGCUGAAAUAAAUAAUCCAUUAGAGGAUAAGAAUUUAAGAAUGGAAUUUAGAUUUAAUAAUUCUUUAGAAAAGUUUCUUAUUGCUGGCAAUAUUUAUGGAAUGAUGAAGUCUUAUGAUUUUAUUGGUAAAAAUUUUUAUAACGUAACAAUUGAUAAAGUAAUGUUAGGUUGGUAUUUAUUAGUUGAAAGACUAGAAGAAGGUGUAUUUACUGUUGUAUUGACUGGUAAAAAUGAUAAUAAUCAGCAUGUGGUUGAAUUUGGACCUUAUAAAGGUGUUAUGGUAAAGAAACAACAAGUUUCUAAGAAAAUGAUUGGCAAAAUAUUUGAUAUUAAAGAAGAUUCAACUUUUAGUUUUAUUAGAACUGUUUUUGAUUAA